AUGCACACAAGUGUUUCGAUUGAAGAAAUCUCAAAAUAUUCAGAAAUGGUGCACAAGGGAAAGGUUGUGCGAACGCUGCAACCAAUCAGCAAAACGAUUUGUGCCUUCUUAAACACAAAAGGCGGAAAAAUCUAUUUGGGUGUGAGCAAUGAUGGGGUGAUAAAAGGUGUACGGAUGAAUGAUUUCUUGCUGGAACAUUUUGUGUAUUCAUUGGAUGAUACACUUUCUCGUUUCAAACCUCGCCCACCAUCUGAUGCAAUCAAAAUCGAAAUUUACCCACUUUUGGACGCUUCAGAAGAAAUCAACACCUUCACUGGCGAUCAAGAACGAAUUAAUGACGCUGAUGGUUGGAUGAAGUCGGACUCUAAAACAAUUGAACUGGAAAAGCCAAAAUUUUCUUUUAAAGAAACCAAGGCAAUACACACUCUACGAGGUGAACGUUGCACGCCAUGCUUACAAUCGAUUCGGAUUGGCGAAAAGCCUGCAGUCAUCGUGAUUAACGUAGAGAAAUCUUCUGGGCCGAUCUAUUCAAACGAAGAGGGACUUGCCUAUCAACGAACCUGGGCGGGUAACCGAAUGAUGUCUAUCGAUAAAUUGAGACAAUGCUUUCAAGCAGCUUUGGGAGAAAAAGGAUUUGACGCUAUUGACAAAGCUUUUGCGGAUGAGCCUGUCAUUUUUCAUGAGAAA